AUGACGCCUCCUUUGAAGUUCUUCCUGUUCGUCACUGCUUCUCUACUCCUCGCCGAAGCGAGCUUCGGCAGGCUGAUCGAGUAUCAGACCCUGGUGGUGUCUCCUCUUUCAAAACCGUCGGCGAGCCCCCUGGACGACGAUGACCUCACUUGGACGGUCGAUUCGGGGGCCCUCCCUGACGCACUUCCCUUCUCCGGCGAGGGAUCCGCCUCCGUCCUGCUUCCGCUGCGCCACAGGGAUAUCCUACACGCCGCCAACUCCACACCGCAGAGCCUCUUCCUCCUCCGACUCGAGCGCGACGCCCAUCGGGUCUCUACCCUAGAGGCGCUCGCCGCGGCGGCCGCCGGAUCCCCCGCCACGGGGGGCCAGAACGCGACACGGCGGCGCGCCGGCGCCGGCAGCUUCGCCAGCUCUGUGGUCUCCGGGCUCGCCCAUGGUAGCGGAGAAUACUUCACCCGGAUUGGGAUCGGCACCCCUCUCAUCUACGCCUACAUGGUGCUCGACACCGGCAGCGACGUGGUUUGGCUCCAGUGCUCGCCCUGCAGGAAGUGCUACUCCCAGACCGACCCCAUCUUCGACCCCAAGAAGUCUCGGUCUUACGCCGCCGUCCCCUGCGGGACCCUCCUCUGCCGCAGCCUUGACGUCGCCGGCUGCGACAGCCGCCGUGGUUCUUGCCUCUACCAGGUCUCCUACGGCGACGGCUCCAUCACCACGGGUGAGUUCUCCACUGAGACUCUCACCUUCCGAGGCGGCACGCGCAUCGGGCGGGUGGCGUUCGGGUGCGGCCACGACAACCAGGGUCUCUUCGUCGCCGCCGCCGGCCUGCUCGGGCUCGGCCGUGGUAGGCUCUCCUUCCCCUCCCAGGUGGGCAAACGCUUCGGACGCCGUUUCUCCUACUGUCUGGUGGACCGCACUUCUCCGACAUCGACAAGGAGGGCCUCCUCUGCAAUAAUCUUCGGCCCAUCGGCCGUGCCCAGAUCUGGUGCCGUCUUCACGCCGCUGGUCGUGAAUCCCAGCUUGGACACCUUCUACUACGUGGAGCUCACCGGGAUCAGCGUCGGCGGCGCGCGAGUCCCCGGCGUGCUGGCCUCCGACCUCCUGCUGGAUCCUUCGACAGGGAAGGGCGGAGUGAUCGUCGACUCGGGGACUUCGGUCACGAGGCUGGCCCGCCCGGCAUACGCCGCCCUGCGCAACGCCUUCAAGGCCGGCGCGUCGGGGCUGAAGCCGGCGGCGGGUUUCUCGCUGUUCGACACUUGCUACGACCUGAAUGGGAAGACGGAGGUGAAGGUCCCCACCGUGGUGUUCCACUUCAGGGGCCAGGGCCCUGCCGGCAGCCCUGCCGACGUGUCGCUUCCCGCUGAGAACUAUCUGAUUCCGGUGGACACGGACGGAGUUUUCUGCUUCGCCUUCGCCGGAACGGACAGCGGGAUCUCCAUCAUAGGGAACAUCCAGCAGCAAGGAUUCCGGGUGGUUUUCGACGGCGACAGCUCUCGCGUAGGGUUUGCGCCUCGUGGCUGCUGA